CCUUCCCCUCCUUUCUUCACACAACUCGCUCGCUCUCCUCUUCCUCCCUCUCUUCGCAGCAGCACCACCAAGCUAGGCUCUGCUCAGCUUUGAUCAAAGCUCGCCACCACACACCCACAAUGGCAGCGUCAGUAGCUUGCUCCUUCUUCUUCGACGACGAGCCGCUCGGCGAGCCCGGCAUGCCGUCUCUGGACGCGUGCGCGCUCUGCGCCAAGCCCCUCGAACGCGACAGCGACAUCUUCAUGUACAGAGGGGACACGCCCUUCUGCAGCGAGGAGUGCCGCGACGAGCAGAUGCAGCUCGACGCCAUCUGCUCCAGGAAGGCAGCCCGGAGGCAGCAGCGGCUCUCGUCGGGAUCGGAGGCCCGUUGCUGGCAUCAAGACUCCGGGAAGGUGUCCGUCGCGAGCUAGCCGGAAAGCUCGUGCUUCGUGGCCUAGUAGAGUAGACAACUUGGCUUGAAUCAACGGGAUGAGACGAAGGAGAUUGAUGUCUCUGCUUUGUCUCGCCUGAGCCGGAGAAGCAGUGAAAGGUCUGAGAAAGUUCAUGUGCUGAGGCU